UCGUUAUCUUUGUUCACUUCGCACACAACAAGGCAGGGAGAUCUGUCCUUAAAACAUCCCUACACUCUUUUUACAGGGAAAAAGCUUUUAAAUACAACUGUAAGAUGUUUAAGAACACUUAUCAGUCGGGUUUUUUGUCAAUAUUAUAUAGUAUCGGCAGCAAACCGCUUCAAAUUUGGGAUAAGAAGGUUAGAAAUGGUCACAUCAAAAGAAUAACAGACGAUGAUAUCCAGUCUUUGGUUUUAGAAAUCUCUGGGACAAACGUUAGUACAACGUUUAUAACAUGCCCAACCGAUCCGAAGAAAACUUUGGGAAUCAAACUUCCUUUUCUCGUCAUGAUCAUCAAAAACAUGAAAAAAUAUUUCACCUUCGAAGUAACGGUCCUAGACGACAAAAACGUAAGGCGAAGAUUCAGAGCGUCGAACUAUCAGUCAACUACAAGAGUAAAACCAUUUAUUUGUACGAUGCCAAUGAGACUAGACGACGGUUGGAACCAAAUUCAGUUCAAUCUCUCGGAUUUCACACGAAGAGCAUAUGGUACAAACUACAUCGAGACAUUAAGAGUUCAGAUCCACGCAAACUGUUGUAUCCGUAGAGUGUACUUCUCCGACAGACUUUACUCCGAAGACGAAUUGCCAGCAGAAUUCAAGCUAUAUCUACCUGUACAAAAUAAGAAAUAAUAA